GAGCUCCCGGCGUCGAAAUGGAAGACUGGCAUCUUGCGAGCCUUGCCGCAAAGCCAAAGUGCGAUGCGACCAUGUAUUGCCUGUGUGCUCUCGUUGCCAACAACGGGGCACCACCGAUCAUUGUUUCUACCAUCCUGGACCUUUGACGGGUGCCAAUAAAAAAAAAGAGGACGAACAUACCUUUGAUGCUCUGGGCGAGAAGGCCAUGCUCGCGCUCACCAGACACCUUGUGGAUAUCUCAAUCUCUAUCUG